CAGCUGGAGAGCAGCGUUUACCGGCGGCGCGGCCGGUGAGAGGGCUGACGGUGCUGCGGCUUUGAGGAGGCUUGGCGAGGACGUGGGACGAGCAGCGUGAGGGGAGAGGGCUUGGCUGGUAGGAAUUCGACGAGGUUUUGUGAAUGAAGCAAUGGCUACAGAUUCCCCCAGAAGACCCAGUCGUUGUACUGGUGGAGUCGUGGUUCGCCCUCAGGCUGUCACGGAGCAGUCCUACAUGGAAAGUGUCGUGACUUUUCUGCAGGAUGUUGUGCCCCAGGCUUACAGUGGAACACCUCUAACAGAAGAAAAGGAGAAAAUAGUCUGGGUCAGAUUUGAAAAUGCAGAUUUAAAUGAUACAUCAAGAAAUCUGGAAUUUCAUGAAAUACAUAGCACAGGGAAUGAGCCACCUUUGCUGAUUAUGAUUGGCUACAGUGAUGGAAUGCAGGUCUGGAGCAUCCCUAUCAGUGGGGAAGCACAGGAGCUUUUUUCUGUUCGACAUGGCCCAAUUCGAGCAGCUAGAAUCUUGCCUGCUCCACAGUUUGGUGCUCAAAAGUGUGACAACUUUGCUGAAAAAAGGCCCCUCCUUGGUGUUUGUAAGAGCACUGGAUCUUCUGGCACAAGUCCACCUUACUGUUGUGUGGAUUUAUAUUCACUUCGUACUGGGGAGAUGGUCAAGUCCAUUCAGUUUAAAACACCUAUCUAUGAUCUCCAUUGCAACAAAAGGAUCCUUGUCGUAGUAUUGCAGGAGAAAAUUGCUGCCUUUGAUAGCUGUACUUUCACAAAAAAAUUUUUUGUCACAAGCUGCUACCCUUGUCCCGGGCCCAACAUGAAUCCUAUUGCUCUUGGGAGCCGCUGGCUUGCUUAUGCAGAAAACAAGUUGAUUCGAUGUCAUCAGUCCCGUGGUGGAGCCUGUGGAGACAACAUUCAGUCUUAUACUGCCACAGUCAUUAGUGCUGCUAAAACAUUGAAAACUGGCCUGACAAUGGUUGGGAAGGUGGUGACUCAGCUGACAGGCACGCUGCCUUCAGGUGUGACAGAAGAUGAUGUUGCCAUCCAUAGUAAUUCAAGGCGGAGUCCUCUGGUCCCAGGCAUCAUCACAGUAAUCGACACUGAGACAGUUGGAGAGGGCCAGGUGCUUGUGAGUGAGGAUUCUGACAGUGAUGGCAUCGUGGCCCAUUUCCCUGCUCAUGAAAAACCAGUGUGCUGUAUGGCUUUUAAUACAAGCGGAAUGCUUCUAGUCACGACAGAUACCCUUGGCCAUGACUUCCAUGUCUUCCAAAUUUUGACUCAUCCUUGGUCCUCAUCACAAAGUGCUGUCCAUCAUCUGUAUACUCUUCACAGGGGAGAAACUGAAGCCAAAGUACAAGACAUAUGCUUCAGCCAUGACUGUCGCUGGGUUGUGGUCAGUACACUCCGGGGGACUUCCCACGUUUUCCCAAUCAACCCUUAUGGUGGCCAGCCUUGUGUUCGAACACAUAUGUCACCACGAGUGGUAAAUCGUAUGAGCCGUUUCCAGAAGAGUGCUGGGCUGGAAGAGAUUGAACAGGAACUGACGUCUAAGCAAGGAGGUCGCUGUAGCCCUGUUCCAGGUCUAUCCAGCAGCCCUUCUGGAUCUCCUCUGCACGGGAAACUCAACAGCCAAGACUCCUACAAUAAUUUUGCCAACAACAACCCUGGCAACCCCCGGCUUUCUCCUCUCCCCAGCCUGAUGGUAUUGAUGCCUCUUGCACAAAUCAAGCAGCCAAUGACAUUGGGAACCAUCACCAAACGAACAGGGCCUUAUCUGUUUGGAGCGGGGUGUUUUUCCAUAAAAGCUCCAUGCAAAGUUAAACCACCUCCACAAAUUUCACCCAGCAAAUCAAUGGGCGGAGAAUUUUGCGUGGCUGCGACGUUUGGGACAUCCCGAUCGUGGUUUGCAAAUAAUGCAGGUCUGAAAAGAGAAAAAGAUCAGUCCAAACAAGUUGUAGUUGAAUCCCUCUACGUUAUUAGCUGCUACGGGAACUUAGUGGAGCACAUGAUGGAGCCACGACCGCUUAGCACUGCACCCAAGAUCAGCGAUGACACCCCACUGGAAAUGAUGACAUCUCCCCGAGCCAGCUGGACUCUGGUUAGAACUCCUCAAUGGAAUGAAUUGCAACCACCAUUUAACGCAAACCACCCUCUGCUCCUCGCUGCAGAUGCAGUACAGUAUUAUCAGUUUCUGCUUGCUGGCCUGGUUCCCCCUGGAAGUCCUGGGCCUAUUACUCGGCAUGGGUCCUAUGACAGUUUAGCUUCUGACCAUAGUGGACAGGAAGAUGAAGAGUGGCUGUCUCAGGUAGAAAUUGUAACGCACACCGGACCCCACAGACGUCUGUGGAUGGGUCCACAGUUCCAGUUCAAAACCAUCCAUCCCUCAGGCCAAACCACAGUCAUAUCAUCCAGUUCAUCUGUGUUGCAGUCUCAUGGUCCAAGUGAUACUCCACAGCCCCUUUCGGAUUUUGAUACAGAUGAUCUUGAUCUCAACAGUCUCAGGAUCCAGCCAGUCCGCUCUGACCCAGUCAGCAUGCCAGGGUCAUCCCGUCCAGUGUCUGAUCGAAGGGGAAUUUCCACCGUGAUUGAUGCUGCCUCAGGUGCAACUUAUUCGGGAGGUGAUACCGCUUGGAAUAGUAAAGACCAAAGGAGAAAUUGUACCUUCGACCGGAGCGUGACCUUGCUGGAGGUGUGUGGGAGCUGGCCGGAGGGCUUCGGGCUACGGCACAUGGCCUCCAUGGAGCACACGGAGGAGGGCCUGCGGGAGCGGCUGGCCGAUGCCAUGGCCGAGUCACCGAGCCGGGACGUGGUGGGAUCCGGAACAGAACUACAGCGAGAGGGAAGCAUCGAGACUCUGAGUAACAGCUCAGGUUCCACCAGCGGCAGCAUCCCGAGAAACUUCGAUGGCUACCGAUCCCCACUGCCCACCAACGAGAGUCAGCCCCUCAGCCUCUUCCCUACCAGCUUCCCGUAGGUACCAGCAACCUGCUUCUGACUGGCUGGCCCACUCACCUGCUGGGGGGAGGGGAGAAGUCCCCGCUCUGGUCCUGCCCUUCGGACUCCGCUCGUCUUUUACCAACCACCUUCCCCAAGCUUCGUGACAACAGCCGCCCACCCUCCCUGGAUUGAGAAGAGACCCUUCUCCAAAGCACCUUGGCUCACCAUGCCCUCUGCCCCCCAUCAACGGGGCCGUGGCUGAGAGAGACUCUGCAGAAGCUCCGUCCCCUCCUCCGUUUGCACAUGAUGUCCUGCAUUGGACCCGCUUUUGUAUUUUCUAACCAAACCCUUCGGGGGCCUGGGUGGGGCGAGGGUGGGUGGUCCGGCGGGCACUUUGGCCCUGAGCGACAGCCCCAGCUCACUCCUGGCUUUGGCACACGCUGCCCAGCUUCCCUUGGCCAACCUCCUUCUGGCGUUGAACUGAGGCCCAGCGUAUUAGGGAAGGAGGAAGGAAGAAGAAACCCCCCUUCCUCUUUUCUUUCCCCUUUGGCUCAUGGAAAGGAUUUGUCUUUCUUGUCUGUAAGCCCUUUUACCCUGGUCCUGUACUGUUCAGUGAAGGAAACCCUGGUUACUGAGGCCCUGUCAAAAAGUGCACGUCUUGUUCAAUAAAUCACGCUGCAGUUGGUGUCCA